UGCCGUAACAAGUGAAGCGCCGCGCGUCCUCGCGCGAGUCUCCACAGCAAGGAUGGAGAGGCGAUGCUUUUAACGCUUCCGUUUAACUGUGGAGAGUACGAGCCGUCGCAACCCUCUUGCGUACACUCGCAGCGUUCUUGGCUAUCGUUUCCCAUUUACUCGGAGCUGAUGAAUUGAAUUUUACGGUGUGAUUAAAACCGGAUUUGCUGUGACACUGGGACCCAGGCGCUCUGCCGUUAAGCAAAAUUAUGCAGCGCCCUCGUGGAUGUAUUUAUCUGAAAAGACUUCUGUCUGUUGUAUUUUGGCUAUAUUUUCUCUGUGGCAUCUCUACAACGCUGGGCUCGGCGCGUCCGCGGGGCUUCGUAGAGCUGCGCUUCAUGCUGCAGCCACAGGACGUGGUGGUGGUGCGUGGGGGCAUCCUACAACUGGACUGCCAGGCGCGCUCGGACCGGGGCCAGCCCUCCAUCUCCUGGAAGAAGGACGGCGUUCUGCUGAGCUCACUGGUGGACGAACGGCGGCAGCAGCUGACCAACGGCUCGCUCCUGGUCCAGAGCGUGAUGCACUCCCGUCACCACCGCCCAGACGAGGGCUCCUACCAGUGCCUGGCCACGCUGGAAGGUGUCGGGGCCAUCGUCAGCCGCACGGCCAAGGUCACCGUCUCUGGUCCUCUGCGGGUGGUGGUGCCCACCGAGUCCGUCUCAUCCUUCAUGGGCGACACGGCGCUGCUGCGCUGUGAGGUCACGGGUGAGCCUAUGCCCUCCGUGCGCUGGCAGAAGAACCGUGAGGAUCUGCCCGCCACCUUUGACCUUGACAGCCGGGUGGUAGUCCUGCCCUCUGGCUCCCUCCAGGUCAGCAGAGUACAGCCUCCAGACUCAGCCACCUACCGCUGCCUGGCGGAGAACCCCGCCAGUGCCCGCACGGGCACUGAUGCCGAGCUGCGGGUACUACCCGAGCCUGGAGUUGCGAGGGGUCUGAUGUUCCUCCAGAGGCCUGUGAAGGUCACUGCUCUACAGGGCAGAGAUGCUGUUCUAGAAUGUUCCGCCUCUGGCUACCCUACCCCCUCCUUCUACUGGAUGAGAGGCAGCGAGAUCAUCCAGAUCAGAUCGAGGAAGUACACUCUGCUCGGCGGCAGCAACCUUCUGAUCAGCAGUGUGACGGACGACGAUUCCGGAACCUACACCUGUGUUGCAUACAACAAGAAUGAAAACCUCACGGCUCCGUGCGAGCUCUCUGUGCUAGUGCCCCCGCAGUUUUUGAACUACCCAUCCAACACUUAUGCGCAUGAGAGCACAGACAUCGAGAUGGAGUGCGGAGUGACAGGCAACCCCCAGCCCGACGUCCACUGGGUGAAGAACGGCGAAGUGGUCAUCCCCAGCGACUACUUCCAGAUUGUGGACGGUGGGAACCUGCAAAUCCUGGGCCUGGUGCGUUCGGACGAGGGAUUCUACCAGUGUGUGGCUGAGAACGAGGCUGGCAAUGCCCAGGCGAUGGGCCAGCUUAUCCUGCUAGAGCCAGUUCUUCCGAGCUCAGGCGUCCUCCCUUCCACCCCCCGCGACGUGGCCCCUGUCCUAGUGUCCAGCCGUUUUGUGCGCCUCGGAUGGCGCCCCCCGGCGGAGACGCGUGGGACCAUCCUCACCUACGGGGUCUUCUACUCUCAGGAAGGAAUUAACAGGGAGCGUUCGGUGAAUGUAACGGAAGCCGAGAGCCUUCAGUUGACAGUGAGCGGCUUGAAGCCAGAGGUGGUCUACUCCUUCAGGGUGGUAGCCUACAACGAGCUGGGCCCAGGAGAAAGUUCCAAGCCAAUCCGGGUCUCCACCCAGGCCGAAUUGCAGGUCCCAGGCCCUGUGGAAAACCUCCAGGCUGAAGCUACCUCCCCCACCUCUAUCCAGGCCUCGUGGGAGCCUCCAGCCUAUGCCAAUGGCCCCAUCCAGGGCUACCGUCUCCUCUGGACCGAGACGUCCACUGGCAAAGAGCAGAGCGUGGAGGUUCUUGGCCAGAGCUACAGAAUGGAGGGUCUGAAGAAGUUCACACAGUACUCCCUCCGCGUGCUGGCACUAAACCGCCACGGACCAGGCAUCGCCACUGAAGACCUGCUCACCACCACCCUCUCUGACGUUCCAAGCGCACCUCCGCAGAACAUCUCUCUAGAGGUGAUCUACUCAAGGAGUAUCAAAGUAAGCUGGCAGCCCCCCUCAUCCAGUGCACAGAAUGGCUUCAUCACCGGCUACAAGAUCCGCUACCGCAAAACGGGUCGCCGUGGGGAACAGGAGGCCAUCGAGCCCAACAACUUGUGGUAUCUCUUCACUGGGCUAGAAAAAGGCAGCCAAUACAGCUUCCAAGUGGCCGCCAUGACAGCCAAUGGCACGGGCCCUGGUAGUGAAUGGUACACUGCCGAAACACCGGAAAAUGACCUUGAUGAGAGCCAGGUACCCAACCAGCCCAGUUCCCUGCAUGUGCGCCCCUUACCCAGCAGUAUCAUCAUGAGCUGGACCCCCCCACUCAACCCCAACAUCCUGGUGCGGGGCUACAUCAUCGGCUACGGCGUGGGCAGCCCCUACGCCGAGACGGUCCGGGUGGACAGCAAACAGCGCUACUACUCCAUCGAAAACCUGGAACCCAGCUCCCACUACGUGAUCUCUCUGAAGGCCUUUAACAACGCUGGGGAGGGCGUACCCCUGUACGAGAGCGCUGUGACCAGAUCAAUGUCAGAUCCCGUCGACCCAUCAGACGAUGAUUUGUUCCAUCUUUUUGAUAAAUUCCCCACCCCCAUACCAGAUACGUCCACCCCCAUGAUCCCCCCAGUAGGCGUGCAGGCCGUCGCCCUCACCUCUGACUCGGUCAGGGUGAGCUGGGCCGACAACUCCAUGGGCAAGAGCCAGAAGGCCAGUGAGACGCGCUACUACUCCGUAAAGUGGAGGAGCAGCCACUCCACAAGCGGAAAGUACAAGUCGGCAGACACCACCACACUGAGCCACACUGUGACAGGUCUGAAGCCCAACACCAUGUAUGAGUUUGCUGUUAUGGUAACCAAAGGACGUAAGUCCAGCACCUGGAGUAUGACUGCUCAUGCCACUACCUAUGAAGCAGCACCCAGCUCCGCCCCGAAGGACCUGACCGUGAUAGGAAGGGAGAGCCGACCUAGGUCCAUUCUUAUAAGUUGGCAGCCACCCCUCGAAGCAAACGGCAAGAUCACAGGUUAUAUUGUUUACUACACGCUGGACAAAAGCAUGCCCAUAGAUGACUGGGUGAUGGAGUCCAUCAGCGGGGACAGGCUGACCCACCAGGUGAUGGACCUGAACCUCGACACCAUCUACUACUUCCGCAUCCAGGCCAAGAACGCCAAAGGAGUGGGUCCGCUCUCUGACCCCGUCGAGCACAGGACCACCAAAGUGGAACAUCCUGACAAGAUGGCCAAUGACCAAGGUCGUCAUGGAGACAGUGGCUACUGGCCCUCUGACAAUAACCUGAUUGACAGGAGCAGUCUAAACGAGCCCCCCAUUGGCCAGAUCCGCCCACCCCAUGGCAGCGUAACUCCCCAGAAGAACAGCAACCUGCUGGUUGUCAUCGUGGUGUCGGUGGGUGCAGUCACGAUCGUGGUGGUGGCCAUAGUGGCCCUCAUCUGUACACGACGCUCAUCCGCCCAGCAGAGGAAAAAGCGUGCCACUCACAGUGCAGGGAAGAGGAAAGGCAGUCAGAAAGACCUGCGCCCUCCUGAUCUGUGGAUCCAUCACGAGGAGAUGGAGCUGAAGAACAUCGAGAAGCCGCCCAGCUCUGCACCCUCAGGCAGAGAGUCGCCAAUCCAGAGCUGCCAAGAGAUAGCGCCUGUCAGCCACAGCCAAUCAGAAAGCCAAAUGGGCAGCAAGAGCAGCCACUCUGGUGGAGAUGGUGACGAAGCCUCCAGCAGCAUCUCCACUCUAGAGCGCUCCCUAGCGGCACGGAGGGCCACGCGGACCAAGAUGAUGAUACCCAUGGACUCUCAGCCUAGCAAUACACCGGUGGUGAGUGCCAUCCCUGUGCCUACGCUGGAGAGUACUCAGUACCCGGGCAUCCUGCCCUCCCCCACCUGUGGAUACCCCUCUCAUUCCAAGUUCACGUUAAGACCGAUGCCCUUUUCCACCCUCACAGUGGACCGCGGAUAUGCUGCAGCCAUGGCUCCUGAGCCUGCCACUCCACUCAGCCCCCAGCCUCAGCCCACACUGAUCCCCACAGUUCAGACGGAGGCCUCGGGCUCAGAGGAGGUCCCCAGCCGCACCAUCCCCACCGCCUGCGUGCGGCCCACUCACCCGAUGCGCAGCUUCACCAACCCCCUCCUCCCUCCACCCAUGGGCACCAUCGAGCCCAAAGUCUACACACCUAUGAUGCCACAGACAGGGGGCAGUCUUCCUAAACCCCCUGUGAAGACCGCCUCUUUAGGGCAGGCUGGGAAAGCCAGGUCACCGCUACUGCCCGUCUCUGUGCCAACUGCCCCAGAAAGUGCUGAAGAGGGGCAGAAACCACCAGAAGACCCCGCAAGUGUGUAUGAACAAGAUGACCUGAGUGAACAGAUGGCGAGUCUAGAGGGCCUUAUGAAGCAGCUAAAUGCCAUCACAGGCUCGGCUUUUUAACGCGUGGGGCAUAGUGCAUGUGCCCCGGAACCCGCACACCAGAACUCCAACUCACACGGGCGAGUGCUGUACCUCGAACUGGGCCAGACCCCUUCCGGACCCUCCCGGAUCUCACACUCCCUUGCCACCAGGUUUCAUCCAGUCCUCCAUCACACACAAAAAAAAAAUUAAAAAUCAUACAAAAGACUCCCAGGAUGUUUUUAUGUUGUUUAGACUGAGCUCUGUUUGGAGUUCUGAUACUGGGCCACCUUCUUUGGCCAAGUUUCCUCCACCAUGGUUUUUCCUGGAUGUUUUGCGAUGUGUCAUCUGCUUGGCCUGCUGCAGCUGGCGUUGCGAUCAUGGCCAGCUUGUGUUUGUCGGCUCGCUGUAGAAGCCUUGAGUCCACCUGCAGCUCUGGCCACCAGAAGCUGGGGAAGAGAUUCCAGCCUCUGAACCUCCCACACAUCUGCCUCGGUGCCUGUCCUCUGCCCCACCCCACCGCUAAGGUCAUCGCUUUCUGGUUUUUGCCAGAACAACAAGCUUCUAAAUCAACGAUAUCACCUCACCAACAUCUUGCCAGGUUCUUCCUACCCAGUUUCCUCAACACGCAGAUUAUUCAGUGUGGCUUAUAUACUGCUUCCUGAAAAGAGGUGAAACUAAAUGAGUUUGUGAUCGCACCCGCACUCAGUGGUCCUUUAUUUUAGCUCUGAACCAUCAAUGGUUCCUCUGGACCAGGCAAGACUGCAUCUCGUGGCUAAAAUAAACAGUUUUGUUACAUAUAUACCUCUGUUUUCCAGUCUUACACCUGACCAAUAUUGUUGCAAAACUGUUACUAUUACCAAGAGGUCAUUUUACUGUGAAAACAAAUGCUUAAUUUAUGUACAUUUAUUACAAUGUAUAUAUUUUUUACAUCGAUCGGUUCAGUAAAGGCUACAACUAUUUUUGAGGACUGUUAAAAAGAGAAAAAAACAAGAACAAAAAGACUUUUGCAGCUCGUAGCCGCUCCAUGCGUUGUGUCCGGAUCACACAAAAACACGUUCAGAAUCAUUAAAAUCCGAAAAUCAUUCCCGAGAGAAAGACGCUCUAGGCUGGGGGGAAAUGGCCAGUCAGUGUGGAAGUGACGGCCGAUGUUCUGUUUCGCCCUCUUCCUCUGGAUGAUGGAA